CACACUCCCCUUCCUGCUGUUUUCCGGUGGGUCUGUAUAGUCUUGCUGUCGCACGCGCUGUGCACAUUAAAUUCACCAGAUAUGGAUUUCUCCAUCCGCGCCGCCAACCUGGAUGACUGCAAGGACAUCGCACGGAUGAUCACGGAACUGGCUGAAUAUGAGAAAGUGUCAGACCGUGUCAAAGUCACACAGAAAGACUUGGAGCAGGAUGGCUUCUCCAAGAACCCGUUCUUCCAUGGAAUCAUCGCUGAGGUUCCUGAGCAGCACAGGACCAAAGAAGGCCAUACCAAGAUAGGCUAUGCACUUUACUUCUACACGUACAGCUCAUGGAAGGGCAGGGCUGUUUACAUGGAGGACUUGUACGUGAUGCCCGAGUUCAGAGGGAAAGGGAUUGGCAAAGCACUGAUGAGCAAAGUAGCACAGUUGGGCCUGGCUGCGGGCUGCAACCAGCUCGACUUCACCGUACUGGAAUGGAACAAAUCCUCUCUGGAUUUCUACUUGAGUCAGGGCUGCUUCGACGUCACGGCCGACCUGGGCUACCACUGUAUGCGCUGUGAGGGCGAGGCCCUGCAGCACCUCGCCCAGCCCUAACCCAUCACAGGCGCCAUGACCUCUUGACCUUGGCAGUCGUGAGGUCAGCCGCCACAAGACAGGGAUAGAGCACGACUCAGCGGCCCUGUUCCAAAACUUGACAAAGGGAAUCAAAAGUCAGAUUUCUCAAUCAGCAGGUUAUUGAUAUGCUGGAUGCUGUAAUUAGCUCACUAUUGUCCUCAGUUCCUCAUUAGUUUGACAUAAUAAGAGUUAAGUGAUUGGUUUAAAUUGGAGGUAAAGCUACAGGUUUACAUAUUGGAACUGGGCCCAAGCAAUACAAAUCAAUAGAUGACAGGUACUGAGACGUGUAUGUGUGUUUAUUUUUUACCCUGUGACAUUUGAUUCACAGCACCUUUGACUGGUUUUUCUAUUAAAGCGAUAGGACACCUCCAGUUCUGGCCUUUUUUAUGUUUAAUGUGUAAUUUGGAAAAGCCAAGAAGGCAGUGAGAAGACGGGUGCAGCUUUUGAGUAAAAGGGAAUCGGGAUUAUAGCAGGGCUAAUGCUUCAAAAUCUCCACACCACAAACACAUCAUAAUCAAAAUAAAGUCAUUUCAUUCUUGUGAUUGACAAUGCAAAGGCGGAAUUGCACAGAGAAAAAAAAAUCCCCCGAAAAACAUUACACAGUAAAGUCAGCUACGAUGUAUAUAUUUCAUUUUAUGAUUGCCUUGAACAUUAAAUCACAUCUGAAAAAGUUGGGUUUAGGGUGUCCUAUCCCUUUAAGUUGCCUGUUUCUUUCACAUGGUAAACAUAUGGCAACAGCAACCAAAGAGUCAAUCUCCUGUUCCCUCAACUUCUAUAUUGUACUGUACAAUAGUUGUGAAGCACAAAGUAGUUUUUGCACUGGAUUUCUUUCUUUCUUUCUUUUUUUUUUUUAAGGUAGAUGUGACUCAGUGGAUUUCAUUUCUUCUUUCAUCUUACAUCUGUGAUGUGUUACUCGGUGAUUUGUUACUCCAACAUGAGUGGAGGUAGAACGUAGCCAGUUGGGUUGAAGCUGAAACCCCCGUCCCUGCAGCCUGGGACAAACUCUCAGAAGUGGAUUAAGCCUCGAAACAGACAGAAAAGUUCCAUCUGGUGGAAACUGGGAGAAAGAAAAUAAAGGUAGUCUUAGUCUAGUCAGUGUGAGUGAUUUAAUUCUGUCUGGAGUCUUGUUGUCUUGUAAAGAGUUCCUUUUUUUGGUGUUUUCUCCAGAGAUUGAAUGAGAAAAGUAUUAACUGUGCGUUAAGGAUUAUAUUUUGUUUUCUCCGAUGUCUUUUAAACAAAUGAGAGCAACUUUGCCUUGGAAGCGUUGCCGUUUGCACUGAGGUUCAUGUAGAAAAAUUCACAUUAGUCAGGAAAUGUAUCCUGUUUUUAUUUUUUAUCAUCGGGACAUGAUAUUGUGCAAUAAUCCGAAAUGGCUCAUGGAAGCAGAACAAUCGUGUGGUGUCUGGUCCAAGUAAAUAUGAAUUCCUGUCAUCGUAAUGUGACAGAGUACAAGCCCCGAAGGAAUGUCCGCCCUUGUCUGCAGCUUCCCCGCAGUCGCAUAACCAUAAAUUAUGAAACAUUUAACUCUGUCUCCAACAUGCUUUCCCCAAGCAAAAUUACAAUCAAAUCAAAAUCUUGUGAUAAUACACUGGCUCUCACCCCAGAUUCUAAAAUAAACAUCUCAGUCCUCAGUCCUGUCAGCCAUGACAGUCAGUUCAACCUGAAAUCAUUGUAAUAACUAAAACCAAACUUGUUUAAGCAACUCUACAUACAAUGUAUUAGAUAAGAUUAUGUUAGUAGAACAUAAAUCAAGCUAUUAUGUAUUUCCAGUGUUUAUUUUAUUUAUUUUUUUAAUUAUGUGUGUAAACCUGAACACAGUGUACCUAUCUAAAGGCUAGCGAAGUGUACCUGUGCCAUAGACAAGCAUUUAGAGUUAGAGUCUUUGUUAUGGCUGUCAUUAAAAAGUGAUCCAGUGUGUAUGAGAGAAAUUCAUUCAAUUCAUUUUUCUGUUUCAGUGGUACGAUGUUUCCAAAGUCCUCACUGCUGAUGUGUCAGUGUGUCGUCAAAUGUCUCAUGCCGUCGGUGGUGUUUUCCGGAUUAUUCCUUUGUGACUGGCAGGGGAAUGCAAAUGGGCUACUCUUAGAAAGCUCUGGUUAGUUUUGUAUUCUGUGUCAGAUUAGUCAGGUUUUGUCAGUGAAAUGGCUGAAAAUACAAAUUGUCACUUGCUUUCUUAAUGAAACAGGGAAAUAUUUGAUAUUGUAUAGCCGAUCUUUGCAUACUUUGGUCACAUGAAUAGAGCCAUUUGGAGUUUUGUGUCAUUUUUUGUGCCAAACAGCCCGAUACAUCAAACAUCCAGGGUUUCAUGCAUUUGUAUUAUAUUUGACUUUGAUUUAGAGCCCUUAAUCUCUAUUAGUCCCGACAUCAAAGGGCUUUACAGGCCCACAGUUUGAGUGAACAAAAUGACACAGUGGCUUCAUAAAUGUAUUUUAGACUUUCCGUUGUUGUCUCCCAUUCUUGAAAACUUACUAUUUGUUGCACUGUGACUUCACUGUUGACCCUCUCUGUUCACUUGUCAUAGAUCAGAAUGAAAAAUUGUGCGACUGCCCAUUCUAAUAAAGUAAUGUGCUAAAAGUGA